AACCGUUGAAUGAUUUCCAAUUCUAUUUGGCUCCUGACUUGCGGAAAUCUUCUCUGCUAAGGAAUCAAUUUCGAAAUCGAUUUCCACAAACUUUCCUAUUAAGAGGCGCCCGAUCGAUCUUUAACAUAUGCCAGAGUUCCGUUUCCGGAUGAUUAUUAUCUCAUAAUUCCCUGGAUUUUUGCGUCUCUUGAAACAACCUAACAAUUUCGAGGGUUUUGUUUCCGUCCUCGAAAAGAUGGGGCAACAGCAAUCCAAGGACGAGCUGCUCUAUCAGCAAGUCAAUUACGGCAACAUCGACGGAAUCAAAGCCCUUUGCAGAGCUGGUGCUCGUCUUGAGUGGAUUGACAAAGAAGGGAAAACCCCUUUGCUUGUGGCCUGCUUGAAUCCUCAACUUUACAAUGUCGCCAAAGCGCUCAUAGAACUCGGCGCCAAUGUCAAUGCUUAUCGGCCUGGACGUAAUGCAGGGACUCCUUUACAUCAUGCAGCAAAAAGAGGCCUUGAAAGUAUUGUCAAGUUGCUUCUGUCACAUGGAGCUAAUCCUUUAGUCAUGAAUGAUGACUGUCAGACUCCCCUUGAUGUUGCUAGAGCUAAAGGUCACUGCAAUGUUGUCCGCGCAAUUGAGAGCCACAUUUGCUUGUUCUCUGGUUGGAUGCGGGAAUUUUAUGGACCAGGGUUUCUGGAAGUAUUUGCUCCUCAGCUGCUUACACGUAAAGUUUGGGUUGUUGUGUUGCCAUGUGGUUCUCGUAAUCCUAAACAGCCUUUCAAAUUGGAGCUCGCAACGUAUGCUAGUUUUCAGGAUGCCCGACCACGCACAGUUUUUGCACUUUGGAAAGCUAAUUUGGAGGAGUCAAAGUUCCAGCGUGCUGAUCCUUCAGUGUCAAUAAUUGAUCCCAACAAAACCAGCAUCAAGCUUGCACCUGCACAUGAAGGUGACAGGCAACAACUGCAGUGGUUUUGUGAUGCUUGCAAAGGAAUUCCACAGGCUAUGCAUCCUGCUUUUCUUCAGAACUCUCAUACUCCAGUUGUUCAUGCAACUGCACCAGCUGCGGAAGAUUUAGAACAGGCAAUGGCAAUCAAUGCAUCCGUCCAAACUGCUACUGCAGAACCACCUUGUUUUGAUGCUCAUUCUGGCACUGAAGCAAGUACAUCCACCAGUUGGAAUAGUUCUGCAAAUUCUGGCAGUCAAAAUGUCUCUGCAACUCAACAGACUCAGGAUAUUGUGAGCCAUAGUGAUGUCACCCAAGCUUCUAAAACGACAAAUAAUUUAGAACAUACACCAGCAUCAGCUCCACCCCUUGGGGAUGAGACUAUAGAAGAUGGUCCAAUUCACUAUCCGUCAAUUGAUUCAAUCCUUGUUGAUUUGUCUUCUCCAACUGUUGAGAAGAUACCAAGUAGUGAAGGAGAAAGGAAAGAGGAUGACGGCUCUUCAUCAUCAUGUGUGAUAUGUUUGGAUGCUCCAGUUGAGGGUGCUUGCGUCCCAUGUGGCCACAUGGUUGGUUGCAUGUCUUGUUUGAAGGAGAUCAAGAAAUGGGGUUGCCCUGUGUGUCGCACCAAGAUUGAACAGGUUGUACGGCUGUAUGCUGUGUAACUAUUGAGGCCCAAUAAGGUGAAACUGUAAAAGGUGAGUUGGCCAAAGUGUUGAAGUAAUUGAAAUUCCUCAAACCAUCAUCUAUGGUACAAUGAGGCGUCCUCUGCAUCUGCGAUGAGAUGCACGAUAUGCGAGACCGUUCAUUAGUUACUCUACUUCUGUUACCUUUCAUGAAAGUGCAGUACAGGAUAUGUUUAUGCUCUAUUGACCAAGUCUGUUAUAUGGUCUAUGAUUGUAUUAGAUUCUUGUUGAUAAGCCAUGUUGAAAUUUGAGAUUGUGAUUCUCUUGUAAAAUAUACCCAUCUGUCUCUUAUUUCAAAAGUUUAUUCUGAGGUUUUUGUUUAUUUACAA